GAAGCGGGUGGCUUGGCUGCUCCACCCGUUUUUGUUUUGUUUAUCUUAACUUCAAAAUCCACAUUUCUUUUAUCUUCCUCCAAAUCCACAAAAAUUUAUACUUCCCUAUCUCUAUCUCUUUCUCCAUCUCUCUCCUUUCCCCCACAAUCAUGGCUAACCUUCAUUCUCUAUCUCCCGUUCUUCACCCUACUUACCGCUUCUCCUCUGACAAUGGAUUGCUGCUCGUCGACUUCGUCGGUUUGUACUGUAAAUCCAAACCUACUACCAGGCGGAGGCUUCCCCUCCCCCUCAAUACUCGGACUAUGCGCCGCUUUUCAACCUCCACCGCCAAUAAUUCUGUUAGGGCCGUUCUUGAUCAUCUUCCAACUACUACUACUACUACUUCCGUUUCUUCUGCGUCUGAUCAUCAAUCAUCCGCUCCUCAACCUAAGGUUGCAAAUUUAGAGGAUAUAAUAUCAGAAAGAGGUGCUUGUGGAGUUGGAUUCAUUGCCAAUUUGGAAAAUAAAGCAUCGCAUGGAAUUGUUCAGGAUGCCCUUACAGCUCUUGGUUGCAUGGAGCAUCGUGGGGGUUGUGGAGCAGAUAAUGAUUCUGGUGAUGGUUCAGGAUUGAUGACCUCAAUCCCUUGGGAUCUGUUUGACAGCUGGGCUGCAAAUCAAGGAAUGGCAUCCUUUGAUAAGAUGCACACUGGUGUUGGGAUGGUUUUUCUUCCCAAAGAAGAUAGCCUUAUAGAAGAAGCCAAAAAAGUUAUUGUAAAUACUUUUAGACAAGAGGGUCUUGAGGUGCUUGGAUGGAGGUCUGUUCCUGUAAAUACAUCAGUGGUUGGUUUUUAUGCAAAAGAAACCAUGCCCAACAUACAGCAGAUAUUUGUUAGAGUUGUCAAGGAAGAGAAUGUUGAUGACAUUGAACGGGAACUAUAUAUCUGCCGGAAAUUGAUUGAAAGAGCAGCAGCCUCAGAGACUUGGGGAAGUGAGCUUUAUUUCUGUUCUUUGUCCAAUCAAACCAUUGUUUACAAGGGCAUGCUUCGUUCAGAAGUUCUUGGGUUAUUUUAUUCUGACCUUCAGAAUGAUCUUUAUAAGUCUCCAUUUGCCAUUUAUCACCGAAGGUAUAGCACAAAUACUAGUCCUAGAUGGCCUCUUGCUCAACCAAUGAGGUUUCUUGGUCAUAAUGGAGAGAUCAAUACCGUACAGGGGAACUUGAAUUGGAUGCAGUCUCGUGAAACCUCAUUGAAGUCCCCUGUUUGGCGUGGUAGGGAAAAUGAAAUUCGCCCUUUUGGUAACCCAAAGGCAUCUGACUCGGCAAAUCUUGAUACUGCAGCUGAAUUACUGAUACGAAGUGGCCGUAAUCCUGAUGAAACUCUCAUGAUUCUUGUCCCAGAGGCAUACAAGAAUCAUCCAACAUUGUUAGCUAAGUAUCCUGAGGUGGUAGACUUUUAUGACUAUUACAAGGGUCAGAUGGAAGCUUGGGAUGGACCUGCCUUGCUCCUAUUUAGUGAUGGCAAAACUGUCGGGGCAUGUCUUGAUCGGAAUGGACUUCGCCCUGCUAGGUAUUGGAGGACAAUUGACAAUGUCGUAUAUGUUGCAUCUGAGGUUGGUGUUCUACCGGUGGAUGAUUCAAAAGUUAUUAUGAAGGGCCGUUUAGGUCCCGGAAUGAUGAUAACUGCUGAUUUAUUAAGUGGUCAGGUUUACGAGAAUACUGAGGUCAAGAAGCGAGUUGCUGCAAUAAAUGCGUAUGGAAAAUGGGUUAGUGAAAACAUGAGACCCUUGAAACCAGUAAAUUUUCUCUCCACAACACUUUUGGACAGUGAAACGAUCUUAAGACGCCAACAGGCUUUUGGUUAUUCAAGUGAGGAUGUUCAAAUGAUUAUUGAGACUAUGGCUGCACAAGGAAAGGAGCCAACAUUUUGCAUGGGUGAUGACAUUCCAUUGUCUAUAUUGUCUCAAAAGGCACACAUGCUUUAUGAUUAUUUCAAGCAGCGUUUUGCACAGGUCACAAAUCCGGCCAUUGACCCUCUUCGGGAAGGAUUAGUUAUGUCUCUUGAAGUCAAUAUUGGAAAACGAGGAAAUAUAUUGGAAGUUGGACCUGAAAAUGCUUCUCAGGUCACCUUGUCUAGUCCUGUACUGAAUGAAGGGGAGCUUGAGUCAUUGCUUAAGGAUCCCCAGCUAAAGGCCCAAGUCUUGCCUACAUUUUUUGAUAUACGUAAAGGGAUUGAAGGAUCAUUGGACAAGACACUUUACAAACUAUGUGAAGCUGCUGAUGAAGCUGUUCGUAAUGGUUCCCAACUGCUUGUGCUCUCUGAUCGUGCUGAUGAGUUGGAAGCAACUCGGCCUGCAAUUCCAAUACUUCUAGCUGUUGCUGCUGUUCAUCAACAUCUUAUUCAAAAUGGUCUACGGAUGUCAGCUUCCAUAGUUGCUGAUACUGCUCAGUGCUUUAGUACACAUCAAUUUGCCUGUUUAAUUGGAUAUGGGGCAAGUGCUGUAUGUCCAUACUUGGCAUUGGAGACUUGUCGGCAGUGGCGUUUGAGUUCUAAAACUGUGAAUUUGAUGCGGAAUGGAAAAAUGCCUACUGUGACAAUCGAGCAAGCGCAAACAAACUUUUGUAAGGCAAUCAAAGCUGGUCUCCUCAAAAUUCUUUCUAAGAUGGGCAUCUCAUUACUUUCAAGUUAUUGUGGUGCGCAAAUAUUUGAGAUUUAUGGAUUGGGGAAGGAAAUAGUGAAUCUUGCAUUUUCUGGGAGUGUGUCAAAGAUUGGUGGAUUAACUUUUGAUGAGUUAGCGAGGGAGACAUUGUCUUUUUGGGUGAAGGCUUUCUCUGAAGAUACAGCUAAAAGAUUGGAAAAUUUUGGAUUUAUACAAUUCAGACCUGGAGGGGAGUAUCAUGCAAACAACCCCGAGAUGUCAAAACUACUUCAUAAAGCUGUCCGCGAGAAGAGUGAAAGUGCAUUUUCAAUUUAUCAGCAGCACUUGGCCAGUCGUCCAGUCAAUGUUCUCCGUGAUCUUCUUGAAUUCAAAAGUAAUCGUGCACCAAUUCCUGUUGGGAAAGUUGAACCUGCCUUAUCUAUUGUUCAAAGAUUUUGCACUGGUGGAAUGUCACUUGGAGCUAUUUCAAGGGAAACUCAUGAGGCAAUAGCCGUUGCUAUGAACAGAUUAGGUGGAAAGUCUAAUUCAGGAGAAGGCGGCGAGGAUCCAAUUCGCUGGAGGCCACUUACUGAUGUUGUUGAUGGGUAUUCUCCCACACUGCCACAUCUCAAAGGUCUUCAAAAUGGUGAUACUGCUACGAGUGCUAUUAAACAGGUUGCUUCUGGUCGAUUUGGUGUUACUCCAACAUUCUUGGCCAAUGCAGAUCAAUUGGAAAUCAAAAUUGCACAAGGUGCAAAGCCAGGUGAAGGAGGUCAGUUGCCAGGAAAAAAAGUUAGUGCAUAUAUUGCAAAGUUAAGAAAUUCUAAACCAGGUGUUCCACUUAUAUCUCCACCUCCGCACCAUGACAUUUAUUCUAUUGAAGAUCUUGCACAAUUGAUCUUUGACCUACAUCAGGUCAACCCUAAGGCUAAGGUAUCUGUAAAGCUAGUGGCAGAAGCUGGAAUCGGAACAGUUGCUUCUGGGGUUGCAAAGGCUAAUGCUGAUAUCAUACAGAUAUCUGGUCAUGAUGGUGGUACUGGAGCUAGUCCCAUAAGUUCCAUUAAACAUGCUGGUGGUCCUUGGGAGCUUGGACUUACUGAGACCCACCAGACUCUCAUUGAAAAUGGACUAAGAGAAAGGGUAAUUCUUAGAGUCGAUGGUGGUUUCAGAAGUGGAGUUGAUGUUCUAAUGGCUGCAGCGAUGGGUGCUGAUGAGUAUGGCUUUGGCUCUUUGGCAAUGAUUGCCACUGGAUGUGUAAUGGCUCGCAUUUGUCACACAAAUAAUUGCCCAGUUGGUGUUGCCAGUCAGCGAGAAGAACUUCGUGCAAGAUUUCCUGGCGUGCCUGGUGACCUUGUCAAUUUCUUUUUAUAUGUUGCAGAGGAGGUGCGUGGCAUGUUAGCACAACUGGGUUAUGAAAAGUUGGAUGAUAUAAUUGGACGAACAGAUUUGCUAAAACCACGAGAUAUCUCACUAGUGAAAACCCAGCAUCUUGAUCUGAAUUAUAUAUUGUCGAAUGUUGGAUUACCAAAAUGGAGCAGUACUGCCAUCAGGACUCAAGAAGUUCACUCAAAUGGUCCUGUUCUGGAUGAUAUUUUACUUUCUGAUCCUGAGGUAUCUCAUGCAAUUGAAAAUGAGAAAGAGGUACAUAAGACUAUAAAGAUAUACAAUGUGGACCGAGCUGUUUGUGGUCGUAUAGCAGGUGUGAUUGCAAAAAGAUAUGGUGACACUGGGUUUGCUGGGCAGAUUAAUAUAACAUUUACUGGUAGUGCUGGGCAGUCAUUUGCAUGCUUCCUGACUCCUGGAAUGAAUAUUCGACUUAUUGGAGAAGCUAACGAUUAUGUGGGAAAGGGUAUGGCUGGAGGUGAGUUGGUAGUAACCCCUGUAGAGAAUCCUGGGUUUUGCCCUGAGGAUGCAACUAUUGUAGGAAAUACAUGUUUGUAUGGAGCAACAGGUGGACAAAUCUUUGUUAGAGGGAAGGCUGGAGAGCGCUUUGCUGUGAGAAACUCACUUGCCCAAGCAGUGGUUGAAGGCACUGGUGAUCAUUGCUGCGAGUACAUGACUGGUGGUUGUGUGGUUGUACUUGGAAAAGUGGGGAGAAAUGUUGCUGCUGGAAUGACUGGAGGUUUAGCAUACAUGCUUGAUGAGGAUGAUACUCUAAUGCCCAAGGUAAAUAAGGAAAUUGUGAAGAUCCAAAGAGUAACUGCCCCUGUUGGACAGAUGCAGCUUAAGAGCCUUAUAGAGGCCCAUGUUGAAAAAACUGGGAGUGCCAAAGGCUCUAUGAUUUUGCUUGAAUGGGACAAGUACCUAUCACUGUUCUGGCAGCUGGUUCCACCUAGUGAAGAAGAUACCCCGGAGGCUUGUGCUGAGUAUCAGAGCACAGCUUCGGAGAAGGUGACGUUGCAGUCAGCCUGAGUUAAUGAUCAGACCAUAUGUUCACUUAGAGCAUUAUUCUUGCCCCACACUGUACAGAUCAACCAAAAGGGGAUUGUUGUGGGCGUUGUGAAUGAAUGCUAUCUUGCUUGUGGGAGUUCAGUGCGGGAGAGGAAGAACUUCGGUAGUAUAUGGUGUCAGCAUUUGGUCUUUGUCAAUCCAUCCAAAAGCAUUCAACCUCCAGGUGUUAUAGCAGUUAUGUAGUCAUCAUGCUUGAAAGUUGUAGAUUCAGAUUAGUUUAGUUUAGUUUAGUUUUCAUAAUAUUGUCCAAGGUUUAUUUGGGUGGCACGCUACUCGCUGCCCUUUUUCCAUCCAAUUGAACUUGGUUUGUUCUACGCUCGUAUUCAGUGCCAUUACUUAUCGUACUUUGGAUCAAAGUGUAUUGUUUAUCUUCACUAUUCUGUCAGCCAACUGAAUAUAAAAGCCUUGCGAUGCCAAUUUGUCUGAA